AUGUCAAGCAGAGAAAGAAAGGCCCAUGACAGUGCUGGCAUGCACCCAAGGCAGGAGCCAAAUCUCACAUCAGAUGACACCCAGAAUGCAGAUGCAAUCACUCCAGACAAGGAAGAAGUCCUUGAUGUCAUUAUGGAGGACAUUACUUCCUUAGAAACAGAAGGGCAACAGACCAGGAAGGAAAGACAGGAUUUAUUUGAAAAAAAUGAAGGACCCAUUAAGAACAUUCUCAAGGAAAACAGAGAUAGAUUCAGAACAGUCAUCACCAAGUCUUUCCAAACCAUGCAGCAGAAAGUUGAGGAUAUUCUAAGACUCCAGUAUGAACAAAGGCAGACACUUUAUGAACAAUAUUCUCUUCAGAUUAUGAAUUUGAAUAGCAAGUUAAACAUGGAUGCAGAUCAAGUCAAGAAACAGGCGGAAAAGCUCUCUAGUAUAUUUAUGGAGCAACGGACGUUUGUUCUUCAGUCUCUGGUUCUUCAGAAGGAGAGAAUGGAAGAAUUUAAAUCACUGUGUGAAAAGUACUUGGAGAAACUUGAGGUGCUGAAGUACUCUGGGGGGAAUUCCGUGGCUGAAGAGCUGAGGCUUCUCAUAGACACCUUGGAGAUAAAACUUCUGACGCUGAAUCGCCAGCAAGACAGUAUUGCUGCUCGACUGUCUCUCCUGGAUAUGUUACUCUCAUAA